GAUGGCAAGUGGUUGAAUUGAAAUGCUCUACUUUGGGGAAACAAAACAUAACACCCUCAAAUGUGCAACUUUUCAUGAUUUUAAAUGAAAUAUGAGUACAUUACAUUAUAAAAAAAUGUUGUUUUUUUGUCAUGUUGUUGGUUGACAGUCGUAUACGGAAUACAGUGGAAAGGAUGUUCUUGAAAAUGUUUGUUUCAACGAAAACAGAAAGUCAUAUGAGGAUGAGCUGAAUGUGAUGGUGAGCAGAUGUGACUAGGAGGCCAGCACUAAAGUCUCUCUGUAGGUUCCGGUGACGCGUCGCUUCAGCGGGAUCGCCGUGAAGGCACCGGAUCGCAGAACGUCACGUGUCUCCGGUGGACAUCACAGGAGCGCAAAGUUCCCGACGAUCCAGAUGGGAAGAGCGGGAAUGCUUUCGCAAGCAGAGGGACCGAAGGACAUCACCUGAGACCGAUGUUAUUCGCACGCGCGCGCUUCACGGUAGACGCAUGCGGCGCCGCAGGAUGCGUGCAUGCGGGAAUUUAACGUUUCCAGUGUUGUUGCAAUGCGGCGGGGAGGAAUCUGAUGAGAGCAGGGAUCUGGGACGGUGAAGGCUGGGAUUCUGCGCUGCUGUAUCUGGAUCCAGACCUCUGAUCGUGCUCUCUCUCCGCUUGCGCAUCGCUCUUCGAAGCCGCGACGAUGACCAGCGCGGAUCAGGAGCAGCAUCAGGACCGCACCGUGACGACGGUCUCCAAGAAAUCCAUCAUCGCCAAGAUGUUCAAAGUGCGUAAGAGGAGGGAGAUGCUGCUGGCGCAGGUGUGUUUGGUCUGCAGUGUUCUGCUCGUGGCGUGGGGCAUGUCGAGCAUCCUGACCAGGACAGGUCAUGGUAUGAUUGUGGAGGAGUGGCAUAUGGAGUCACAUGAUCACUGGGGUCGACGGCUGAUGUCCUCUGCGCCUGAAAAUGCGACGGAGGUGAAGAACUGCACAGAGCCAGCCAUUCGUGAAUUUCCAGAUGACAUUUUCACCAAUGAUGAGAGGAAGAGCGGUGCUGUAAUGCUACAUAUUAUAGCGGCUCUCUACAUGUUCCUCGCUCUGGCAAUCGUGUGUGAUGACUACUUUGUGAUGUCUCUUGAGAAAAUCUGUGAGAAGCUGAAUCUGAGCGAGGAUGUGGCUGGCGCCACGUUCAUGGCGGCGGGAAGCUCAGCGCCCGAACUCUUCGCUUCUGUUAUAGGUGUCUUCAUCACUCACGGUGAUGUUGGAGUUGGAACAAUCGUCGGUUCUGCCGUCUUCAAUAUUCUCUGCAUCAUUGGAGUUUGUGGGAUCUUUGCUGGACAGGUGGUCGUACUCACCUGGUGGCCAGUUUUCCGUGAUUCUUUCUUCUACAUAUUGUCUGUAAUUGCUCUAAUUGUGUUCAUCUACGAUGAAAAGAUUGUGUGGUGGGAGAGUCUGGUUCUGGUGGUCAUGUAUGCUGUAUACAUCCUUAUCAUGAAAUUUAAUGCAAGCCUGCAGAAGUUCUUCUCAAGGCGGAGCGACAAGAAUGUUGCUAAUGGAAAUGCAGCGUCCGGCAGUGAACUGGAGGACGGUAAAGAGCUUUUAGACUGUAACUGGGACGAUCCGUCCAUACCGCUGUUGGGUCCAGUCAAGUCCAGUAAGGUUUACAGUCGAGGUUCAGUGGUAAUGGUUGAUGAAAUCAUCAACGCUAGUCCUCCACACUACCGUUUCCCUGAAGCCGGGCUCCGUGUGAUGGUCACAAACCACUUCGGACCCAAGACUCGUCUGCGCAUGGCCAGCCGUCUCAUUAUAACGGAGCGUCAGAGGUUGGUGCAGUCGGCUAACGGUGUGGAGACUGCUGUGGUGGACGGCAAGCCAGACAUCGAGAAUGGAAACGUCCCAGAAGACAAAACCGCUGAAGAGAAAGAGAGUGAGCUCACCUCGCCGUUCACAAUACCAGCCGGCUGUGUGAACAGAACUAAAUGGCUGAUCUCUUGGCCGCUGUUAUUGAUCCUGUUCUUCACCAUCCCAAACUGUGCCAAGUCUCGCUGGGAGAAAUACUUCAUGCUCUCGUUCAUCCUCUCCACCGUCUGGAUCGCCGUCUUUUCCUACUUCAUGGUGUGGAUGGUGACGAUCGUCGGAUACACGCUUGGCAUUCCCGAUGUCAUCAUGGGCAUCACGUUUCUGGCGGCGGGCACAAGCGUCCCGGACUGCAUCGCCAGCCUGAUCGUGGCUCGUCAAGGACUGGGAGACAUGGCCGUGUCCAACACCAUCGGCAGUAACGUCUUUGACAUUCUGGUGGGGCUCGGCGUUCCCUGGGCGCUGCAGACCAUGGCAGUCAACUAUGGAUCAGUUGUGAUGAUAAGCAGUCGGGGACUGGUUUACUCCGUGGUGCUGCUGCUGGGAUCUGUCGCGCUCACCAUUAUUGGGAUUCAUCUGAACGGCUGGAAGCUGGACUUUAAGCUGGGCGUCUAUGUGCUGGUUCUGUACGUCAUCUUCCUCUGCUUCUCCAUCAUGAUCGAAUAUAACGUCUUCACCUUCGUCAAUCUGCCCAUGUGUCAGGAAGACUAAAAUCUUCACAUGGGCCGCUCCGUAUCCCAGAAUGCACCACCCUGAUGUCAGAACCACCAUCACCUCAGACUGGAGCGAUGUUAGUCUUAAUGAGGACUAACGCUUAAUUCAAGCUCCUUUCAUUCGACUCAUUUCACUGUGGAUGGAAAAAUGGAUACGAUCUUCCACUUAAGCUCAUUUUGAUGACCUCUGACCCCGGAUUUUGACUCAGAAAGAGGAACUUGUCCUUGGCAGCUCUUCUCUUCCAGUUUAAUAUUGUAGAACGCAUGGCAAAUAGGAAGUCUAUGGACGCCUGGAUAAGCAUUCAUCCUUUUCUACAUGCUUACACUGAUCUAUUUCUAUUUCAUGAACUCUAUUGCUCACACAACUGUGAAUUCUUUUGCAUAAUACUAAGGGAAGCAAAAUAUUUAGAAAUGCAAGAGAAUUUAACAUUUAUUUUUUUCAGAAUUAUUGUGUCCUAAUUGGGUCAAUUGCCCAUGCAAAUCAGUGCGGUCUCAUUGGUCUAAAAAAAUCUGCAUAUUAAUCAUCAACAGCGUUGCAGCUGGCUGUGAUUAUGUUGCAGCACUGACUCUUUCAUUGCAGACUGACUGAUUACUUGUCAUUGGAAGCAUGUCGUGCCGGAUUAGGACAGAUGCAUGGUUAUUCUGCAUACAAGAUUUUUUUAAUCAGUAUUUUUGGUCUUGUUUUUUUCAGUAGAAAUAUCUAAUCAUCCUUUAAACAAGAUAACUUUACUUGAAAACACAAAUGCAUUGAGUAAUUAAGAGAUUGCAGAGAAAAUAUCUUCAAUUAAGUUCAUUUGAAUUAUUCUUACAUCAUUCACAAAUUGUUUUGAGCAUAAACCCGAGUAUUUGGUUAGAUUUAUGCUUAAAGGUUUUAAAAUGCAUAUUUAGAAAUGCAAGAAGAAUGAAAGUAUUAUGUGCUAUCUAUUUUUAUCCUAAUAACAGUUAAAAAAAAAAAAUCAGUUAUGCCAAUGAAGUUUAAGAUUUUUGAGUUAUUAAGAGUUUUGGAAGUCUGUAUCUUUAAAAAUUAAGUAGAUUUUUUUUUUCAAACUUAAGUAAAUUUUGUUAGAUUUACUUUUUUUUU